AUGGAGGUUAUGCCAUCCCGACCCCAAGUCCAGAUCAUCGACUCCCCCAUCCCCUCACCCAACGAUGACCAAGUCCUCAUCCGCGUCGUUGUCAGCGGCUGCAACCCCAAAGAUUGGAAGCUCCCAGGCAUGAUGCCUGACACCCCACCCCUCAACCAAGGCGACGACAUUGCCGGCAUCGUGGAAAAAGUCGGCUCGCGCGUAUGGGAGUUCAAACCCGGUGACCGUGUCGCCGCAUUCCACGAGAUGUUGACCCCCCACGGCAGCUGGGCCGAGUACGCCGUGGCAUGGCAACACACCACCUUCCACAUCCCCAAGGAAACAAGCUUUGAGGAGGCCGCCGCUCUGCCGCUUGCAGCCAUGACCGCCGCCCUCGGUCUCUUUUCCCGCUUGGGCUUGCCGGAGCCGUGGGUCAAGGCCGUUUCGGAUGAGGAGCGCCAAAACACCCCGCUGGUCAUCUACGGCGCUUCGUCGGCUGUCGGGUACUACGCCUUGCAGUUGGCCAAGAGGAGUAACAUCCACCCUUUGAUCUGCAUCGCCGGGCGCGCAGGUGGCGAGCGCAUUGCUCCGCUUUUGGACCAGAACAAGGGCGAUGUGCUGAUUGAUUACCGCGAGGGCGAGCAGGCGGUUGUUGAGGGCAUCAAGAAGGCUUUGAACGGCAGGCCGUUGCUGCACGCUCUGGACGCGGUGUCAGAGAAGGGAACGCCGGAGCACCUGGCGCAGGUGCUUUCGCAGCCGGUGAAAAAGGGGGAUAAAGAGUUGAGGGCCAAGGCAACUUUCGUCUUGUUUGGUAAGAUGGGUGUGCCUGAUUUUGUGGAUCAGAGCACUACUCUGGUUGGUAGCGUGCACCAGGAUGAGAAGGACUUUGGCUAUGUUUGGUAUCGCUAUAUGGCGAGGGGAUUGCAGGAGGGCUGGUUUAAGGCACAGAGGACGGAGGUGCUCCCGGGAGGAUUGGCGAGCGUGCAAGAGGGAUUGGAGAGGUUGAAGGAUGGAAAGGCGAGUGCGGUGAAGUAUGUUUAUCGGAUUCAGGAGACGGAAGGGGUUGAGAGAAGCGAGGAGUGACAAAGCAGAAGCUAUAGAAUUCUGUGUCAAGUCAGUUGUGGAUGUUGUUGUAUUGAAUAGCCAGUCUCCUGCAAUGUGUAUAUGACAACUUAUACAACCUUUUCUAAUAUAUAUAUAUAUAAAACU